AUGGAGGUGGAGGAGAGCUGCAGUGGGGCGGCCGAUCCCGGGGCCCAGGACCCUGCCCCUGCCUCCAGCAAGGCCCCCGGUAGUGCCGGCCACUACGAGCUGCCGUGGGUUGAGAAAUACAGACCAGUGAAGUUGAAUGAAGUAGUCGGGAAUGAAGAUACUGUGAGCAGGCUGGAGGUCUUUGCACGAGAAGGGAAUGUGCCCAAUAUUAUCAUUGCUGGCCCCCCAGGAACUGGCAAAACUACAAGCAUUCUGUGUUUGGCCCGAGCCCUCCUGGGCCCAGCUCUCAAGGAUGCUGUGUUGGAACUCAAUGCCUCAAAUGACAGGGGCAUCGAUGUUGUGAGAAACAAAAUCAAAAUGUUUGCCCAGCAGAAAGUCACCCUUCCCAAAGGACGACACAAGAUCAUCAUCCUGGAUGAAGCGGACAGCAUGACUGAUGGAGCCCAGCAAGCCUUGAGGAGAACCAUGGAAAUCUACUCCAAAACGACUCGCUUUGCUCUUGCUUGUAAUGCUUCAGAUAAAAUCAUAGAGCCCAUCCAGUCCAGGUGCGCAGUCCUGCGCUACACGAAGCUGACCGACGCCCAGGUCCUCACCAGGUUAAUGAACGUGAUCGAGAAGGAGAACGUGCCGUACACGGACGAUGGUCUGGAAGCCAUUAUCUUCACCGCCCAGGGAGACAUGCGGCAGGCGUUGAACAACCUGCAGUCCACUUUCUCAGGAUUCGGCUUCAUUAACAGUGAGAACGUGUUCAAGGUCUGCGAUGAGCCGCACCCCCUGCUGGUGAAGGAGAUGAUCCAGCACUGUGUGAACGCCAACAUCGACGAAGCCUACAAGAUUCUCGCUCACCUGUGGCAUCUUGGCUACUCACCAGAAGACAUCAUUGGCAACAUCUUCCGAGUGUGCAAAACCUUCCAAAUGGCAGAGUACUUGAAGCUGGAGUUCAUUAAGGAAAUUGGAUACACUCAUAUGAAGAUAGCCGAAGGUGUGAACUCUCUUCUGCAGAUGGCAGGGCUCCUGGCCAGGCUGUGUCAGAAGACAAUGGCCCCGGUGGCCAGUUAG